AUGAGUGGUCGCGGAAAGACCGGAGGCAAAGCCAGAGCUAAGGCUAAGACCCGCUCAUCCCGUGCCGGGCUUCAGUUCCCCGUGGGUCGUGUCCACAGACUGCUGCGCAAAGGCAACUAUGCGGAGCGUGUGGGAGCCGGCGCCCCCGUUUACUUGGCAGCUGUGCUCGAGUAUCUGACCGCUGAGAUCCUGGAGCUGGCUGGCAACGCAGCCCGCGACAACAAGAAGACUCGUAUCAUCCCACGUCACCUGCAGCUGGCUGUGCGCAACGACGAGGAGCUCAACAAGCUGCUGGGGGGAGUCACCAUCGCUCAGGGUGGUGUGCUGCCCAACAUCCAGGCUGUGCUGCUCCCCAAGAAGACCGAGAAGCCCGUCAAGGCCAAGUAA